GCUUAAAAAUGUAAGUUGCAUUAACUUAAAUUCACUUUAUACAUUGUAGCCUAUAUGAAUGUUGUGAACAACACACUUUCCUCCAUGCAUCCACAGCAGCUCCACUGGUUUUUCAUUUCAACACUCAGCUCAACUAAUCCCAGUAUUUUUGGUUCAUUGUGGCUUAGACUGCUGACCAGCAAAACAUACUGGAGCUUUGUGUCCCCCAUUUCAUCCCAAACGCAGUGAAUGGGCUCGCGGCCACCGUGUGCCACUUCUAUAGUAUGUGCUGAGCUGGCCUGCCUUUCCAACAGAGGAGAUGCGCUUCGCGUGCACUCCACGCGCGCCUCAAUUCUCAAUGGUGAGAGCGCGCAAAUCCGUGCGCGGGCGCGUCGGUCGGUAUAAAACCGGAGCGCCAGGUUCUCUCAAAGCUCUACGCAAAACAGGCGUUCAGACUCGUGCCACUCCCAAGCUUAGUGACUAAAACGGUAAGAUGCCAAAUUACAUCUCAUACACCGUAAAGGAGAUCAUGGCACUAUUAUUAAACGAGUGGGGUUUACUUCACAACCAACUGGACUACUUUUAUUAUGGCCAAAUUAUAAUAAUAUUUUUUUAUUUAUACAAUUAUUGUACUACGUAAAUUAUUUGUAAAAUGUUUUCAUAAAAAUUAUUAUUAGUGAUGCACAUUUAAGUAGCCUAACUUUUGUUUUAGGUUACAUAGUCAUUUAAAAAAAAUACAAAAUACAGUUUCUUUGCAGUUUUCUUACUUUGUUCAAAAGUGUUUUUUUAUUUAUUAAUGCCUGUUUUAUAUAUUUUUUUACUAGAUAUUAAGAUGUAUAGAUUCUCUCGAUCCGGCAUGAUGCAGCCCAUGAUCAAUUCUGGCAUGGGAAUGGCUCCUUUCUUCAAGGUGACGGUGUUCGAACAGGAACACUUCCAGGGAAAAUGUCAGGAGUUCACCUCAGAAUGCUGUAACAUCCAGCAAUGUGGCUUCGACAACAUCCGGUCCAUUCGCGUGGAGAGCGGAGCCUGGGUGGGUUAUGAGCACCAUGACUUCCAGGGACAGCAGUUCAUCCUGGAGAGAGGAGAGUACCCUCACUGGGAUGCUUACAGUGGAAACCUGUCAUACCACGUGGAGAGACUUAUGUCCUUUAGACCCGUCUACUGUGCUUCUCACCAAAGCAGUCGCAUGGUCAUCUUUGAGAAGGAGAACUUCUUGGGCCGUAGUGCAGAACUGUGUGAUGAUUACCCUUCUCUGCAAGCCAUGGGAUGGUGUGGAACUGAAGUGGGAUCCAUGCAUGUGCAGUGUGGCGCUUUUGUGUGUUAUGAGUUCCCAGGAUACAGGGGCCGGCAGUACAUUAUGGAGUGUGAGAGGCACAGCGGAGACUACCAGCACUGGAAAAACUGGGGUUCCCACAGCCAGACCCCUCAGAUCCAGUCCAUCCGCAGAAUCCACCACUAAGAGCUUAGCCUUACCAGGGGACACUACACCGAUCACCCUACCGCCCGACAAACACUUAAUUCACAAGCACACAUUCCUGCGCUUUUUCCUGAAGAGUCUUUCUAUUGCUAGAAACACAACACACGUAUCCAAACUAUAUACAUACCACCCUGUCAUACAUGAGGGUGUCAAUCAGUGGUUUAUGUCAGGUGCUAAAUAACACCCCCUGAGGUGCUACACACAACUAAUGCAAUAUAAGCUAUGUUUGGCUGUAUCCCUGUGAGGGGACUGACCGAGAGCUGCUCAGGUGUAAUGUAUAGGAGGAGGAUAAGAA